UGCUUGUUGUCCCCUAGCUACCGCUACGCACUAGCGUCCGUUUUUCUUAUCUCUCCUCGGACCCCUGCCCAAAUCACGCCAGGCCAGACAAACAUUUCUGGACACCAUGGCUUCUCCUGCGCCUACCCCGGCACCCGUGGGCCCAAGUACCCCCAUCACCGUCAAGGUGCUCUACAAUGAGAAUACUCGACGCUUCAAGCUGCCCUUGAGAGAGCUCGGGGCUCGCACGCUUCCCCAGAGUCUCCGCCAACUCCUUGGCGUUCCCGAGGAUGUUAACGUCAUCUUCGAACGUUAUUCCGACAGUGCCGGUUGUUAUAUUCAACUCGAUAGCGAGAACCCCGCUGUCUACAAACAGCUUUAUCGCGCUGCCAAGGCCAAGUUGAAGCUGCGGAUCAAGGCUACGACGGCCGGGGAGCCUGUAUCCCCACCCCAGCCGGCUGCAGACCUCCCCGAACCCGAGAAUGCAUCAAGGUACAGUUACCUCGAAACUGUCUUGAGUGCUCCUCUCCCUGAGUCUCAAGUUGAAAGUGUUCCCACUAGUGCGUCCCCAUCGGCUUCGAUUCUGCCCGAGGUCGCCAGUUACUCUGCCCCAGCUGAGGCCCAGUCCACACAAUGGUCGGCCCCCGCCACUGUUGAGCCUCAGUACCGCGAAUUCGUCUUGGGCCAGGACAGCCUAGACACGCCGGUUGUCUCGCACGCAUCGCCCAACGGGGUCUUCUGCAUCGAUUGCAACAACUGUGGCCGCUCGAUCCCCAACGAACAUUACCACUGCAGCAUCUGUGACGACGGUGAUUAUGACCUUUGCCUCCAGUGUGUCGAUGCUGGCGUCGCUUGCCUCGAUGAAGAACACUGGUUGAUCAAGCGCGUCGUCAAGGACGGUGAGGUUACUAACAGCACCACUGAAACGGUCGCCCCUAGAAAGGUCCAGGAUGAGGAGCCGGAAGAGAAGUUCGAGGAGACCGUUCCCGAGCUGGUCUCCGAAAGCACCCCAGAAACCCCGGCUGCCCCAGAAGUCCCCGAAAGCACUCAGGAGCGCAUCUGCAAUGACUGCCUGAAAGAACUCGACGAGACUAAGAUGGUUUCUUGCUUGGACUGCGAUGACUAUGAUCUCUGCAUCACAUGUCUUCUCAAGGACACUCAUGGCCAUCACCCCGCGCACUCCUUCACCCUCAUUCAUAACCGUCAGUUCUGUUUGAAGAGCCUGGUGCAGUCCCGCUGCAAGCCUGGACGUCACCACCAUCACGCAGCGAUCUGUGAUGGGUGUGAAAAGUGCCUGACCUGCCCAGACUGGGACUACUGCUCCGAGUGUCACCAGAAGGCACCCCAAAGCCAUCCGGGCCAUCGGUUCGCGCCGCUCUACGAGGCAAUUGCCGAGCCCUUGCAAAGUUAUGAAGUGCAUUACGGCAUCUACUGUGAUGGUCCUCUGUGCAAGAACCGCCCUUGCCCCAGCUUCAUCACUGGAACGCGCUACAAGUGCUCCGUGUGCGAUGAUACUGAUUUCUGCGCCAAAUGCGAGAUCCACCCGACCAACACGCACAACCGCACUCACCCCAUGGUCAUGCUCAAGACGCCUGUGCACAAUGUCUUUGUCAGCACCGUCCAGGAAGAACGUGGCGGAUCUACCUUCACCUUUGGCGACCGUCCCCAGAGGUCCACUUCCACCCAGGCCACCGCUCCGGCUGAGCCGGUUCCGGAAGCGCCCAAGCCGGAAGUACAGAGUGUCCCGGAGCCUCAACCGGUGGCACAGCCCAUCCCGGUGGCUGAGAAGCAGGACCCGGUCGACCAGACGGCGUCGGAUCCCGCCUCGGGCUACCAAGCUUUCUUCAUCCGCGACACUGUGCCGGAUGACACCACCAUGCCGCCCAACAAAACCUUCCAGCAGACCUGGACCCUUUUCAACCCCGGUCCCCUCUCGUGGCCCGUCGGCACUGAUGUGCGGUUCGUCGGUGGCGAUUCGAUGUUCAACGUGAACACCAACCACCCAUUGAGCAUGGACUCCAUUUCGGCUGCCAUGGAGAGCAACAAGCUGUCGGAGCCGCUGGAGCCCGGCCACAGCGCCGACUUUACCGUGACGCUCAAGACCCCGAGCCGUCAGGGCACGGUGCCGCUGCCCGUGGAGAGUGCACCGGUGCCGGAGGCCGUGCAGCCCGUUGAAGCCCCCGAAGAGAAGCCGGUGGGGCCCGCGGAGAGUCAGAUGAUCUUCCCCAAGUUGGAGAAGGAGUCCCCGGAGACGAGCACGCACGAGGCAGCCAUGACGGCACCCUCUGCCCCGUCGGUCACAAAUCCCUCAGAGCAGGACAUGUUUGACGACAUGGACAGUCUGACGCUGGGCGAGGACGAGACGGAUGCGGGACUGCUUACGGACGAAGAGUAUGACAUCUUGGAUGCUAGUGAUCAGGAAUAUCUGGAGGCCCAAUCGCAGCGGUGAGUGGGCUGUGGCCGUGAUGAGUUACGGAUUUCUUGGACCUGGGGACGACGGAGUUAGUGGGACAGGAUGGAAUAAUCUGCCAUGUUUUAAUUAGUUGCUCUCUUUGUGUACGCGAUGGAAAAGCGGCCUAGGUGGAUGUCGGGGGCCGAUGUGGCGAUGGCUGUACUUCACUCUGCUCUAGGCUUGACUAAUGUAAGCUCUCCUCUGCGUGUGGUCAUUUGACUGGGACUACUAUACAGUAGAAGUUCGUAUUGGCGGAUCGCCGCGGAGAAGGAGAGGCGCGGGAUUCCCCGCCAUGGC